AUGAGGGCUACUCUGGUGGCCCAAGGGCUACGAGUGGACCCCCAUGGCGAAGUACCAUCUGGGCAGCCAGCUGGUGCGCCUUCUGUGCCCCCACCUGGAAUGCCACCUAUUGCUCCAGUCGGUGUUCCUCCCGAGCACCCAGCUAGGUUGGCGCAAGAUCCGUCAGCUGGCGUGCCUCCCAAGCACCCAGCUGGAGAUGGAGCCCCACCUAUGCCACAAGAUCGUGGAAAAGGGAAGGUUGACGACAACCUUACUCUGAAGUCAAAGAAGGCACAUCAGAACCCCAAAGACAAUCAGGGUCUGAGGCUAGCUAGCAUGGGUGAAGGCCCAGGAGCCCAAGGACACCGCCAAGGCACCAGUGCCCGUGGAGCCCAGGGUGUUCCGCCCAAGCUUGCCAAUAAGGGUCGCGCAAGGCCCGGAGGUGGGGUCCCCCAGGCACCUCGCCAUCCCCACAGGAACAAGGGUUGA